AAAAAACAAAUUGCAGUUACAUAGUGUCAGUUUUUUCACUAAAAUUUUGAAGUAGGCUCUUGAGCAAGAUGAAUGUAAUACGGCACACGAUGUCCCUGGUGUCGUUGGGCGUGUUUCAGCUCGGCCGAAGGACUAGGAGCCAGCAUUUCCGCGGCUUUCUGCUCGGCACCGGGCUUGGGCUGACGGCCUUUUCUUCGGUCACGUACGCACAGGCGGAGGCCCAAAACGCAAAGGUCAACAGAAAGCUGGAUACGUCCAGGUUCAUGGCCGAGCCGAUAACAGAUGCCACAGUCCUGCUGGGGGACAAGGCCAACAUGCGGCACCGAAUGGAGCUGAUGAUUAUGGAGAUUCAGGCAGAGUUCUGCCGCGCCCUGGAGUCGGAGGAGAUGUGUGGCAAGAAGUUUCAGGUAGACCGUUGGCAGCGCGAGGAGGGUGGCGGAGGUAUUACAUGCGUCAUCCAGGAUGGCGAUGUCUUCGAGAAGGCUGGAGUCAACAUCUCCGUGGUCACAGGCUGGCUGCCACCGGCUGCUGUGCAACAGAUGCGCUCCCGCGGCAAGGAUCUGACGGAGGGCGUCAAGCUACCCUUCUUUGCCAGCGGUGUGAGCGCUGUGAUCCAUCCACGUAAUCCACACAUCCCGACCAUCCAUUUCAACUAUCGCUACUUCGAGGUGGAGACACCAGAUGGCAAGAAGCAGUGGUGGUUCGGGGGCGGCACAGACCUCACACCCUACUAUCUAGACGAGAAGGACGCCCGUCACUUCCACCAGACUCUAAAGUCUGCGUGCGACGAGCACAAUACCACCUACUAUCCCAAGUUCAAGAAGUGGUGCGAUGACUACUUCCGCAUCAAGCACAGGAGCGAGAGUCGUGGCAUUGGCGGCAUAUUCUUUGACGACAUCGACUCCCCGAACCAAGAGGCUGCCUUUAAUUUUGUGACCGGCUGUGCCAAGGCCGUCAUCCCUUCCUAUAUGCCGCUCGUCCAGAAGCACAAGAACCGGGAAUAUGGCAACAACGAGCGGCAGUGGCAGCUACUCCGCCGCGGACGCUAUGUGGAGUUCAACCUCAUCUACGAUCGCGGCACUAAGUUCGGACUGUAUACGCCCGGUGCGCGCUAUGAGAGCAUAUUAAUGUCACUGCCCCUUCAUGCCCGCUGGGAGUACAUGCACGAACCCAAGGCCACGUCCAAGGAGGGUGAGCUAAUGAAGGUUCUGAAGAACCCAAAAGACUGGGUCUAACCCAUGACACGAGUUAUUUUUUUAUUUUUAAGUGGGGAAAUGGUGCCUUGCAAAAAGCAAUA